AUGGAUCCUCCUGUCACUGGCACUCGACUAGUUCCAGGAAAUAUAUCUUUCCUGGAUCUCGCUCCAGAUCUGCAGUCGAUGAUCUUGGAAUUCCUCAUUCUCGGUAUCUGCCCUCUCACCGUUCCCUGCGAUGCAGAAAAAAAGUAUGGCCCUAUUACGUCUGCCGGCGAGCAGAGCCUUCUCAAUCUGAAGCUCUCAUGCCGUAUGAUCUAUAAAGCAAUCAAAGCGAAGCGAUUCAUUGAAGCCUUCACGAUCGUUCAGCCUCAGCCCCCUCGAAGUGAGUGGCGUCCCGAGCAUGGCGCUAUCAUCUUCCCACCCUCUCGCAGGGCGUUUACCAUCGACCCUUACCGGGAUACUCUGCGAGUCUGGGACAUGAAGCUACCUCGCUUUGGAUGUUCCUCUGACAUUCUUCCCGUCAAGAGAAUUCUCUCUGUUUGGCGCGACAAGCCCGUCCAUCACCAUUCCUCAAGGUCUGAUAAGGCAAACUAUCCCGGAGACUCUCUGCAGCUGUGGCGGAAGAAGUGGCAGGGCCGAACCAACCCCGACGAACCUCGUACUAUUAGACCUGCUCGAGUGCUGUCGAACCACGACCGCUUUAUCCCCGACCUUAGCAUCAAAAGGCUCGGCAGGCUCGUCUGCGUCGAUGAGCUCUACAUUGUUGCGAAGAAAACCGGUGACCCUCCUACCAACGACAUCGCCCCUGGGCAGCACAUCAGCGAGGUCUGGAACAACGGCGCCACGUCCCCUCCUCCUGGCCCGAACGAAUAUCGCUGCCCUAACAGUGGUGCUAUGGUGCCUUUCGAGCCUCCCGCUCGGCCUCUGGUCGGCCUAUACGGUUACGACAAAACCGAGACGACCCGAGGCGGUUUCUGGGCCGGCUUUCUCUACUACCAGCUGAAAAAGGAAGUGUGGUUCUCGCCUCUUUCCGCCCUCGAGGUCCGAGACGCAACGACUGUCCCGGUUGUCGACAAGCCGGAGCGUAAGCUCUUUGAAGGCACCCAUUCAGACUUCGUCGCCCGUGUCUGGAUCAUUCGCAAAGACCAGGACCUGCCUCCCGCUCAGCCUCAUCAUCGAUGGGUCAAGGUCAAGAGCGACCAGCCUGGAGAUCCUCGAUACACUGGACAAAUCGAGCUCAUGUGGUCUAUCGUCGUUGACAGAGUCACCAGACAAACUCAAGGCGAGACCCCUUACGAGCUCCGAGUUGCUCGAUUCUGA